AUGGCAAUACCCGAAUGCCAUUCAUUCCUUGACUCUUCUUCUCAAUUCUAUGAGAGCCCGUUUGGAAAGCUCCGUCCACGCACAAACCAAGACCAAUCUUUGAUUGGCAUGCAGUUCCCUGCGGUGAAGGCCUCAGCUGACAGAAAGGUUUGCGCUCGUUCGUCCGGGAGCGAUUCUCCCCAAGUCCCAAGGCGAGGUCAUUAUGCGCUUACAGUCCCGAAGCCAGUCUUUAGCGAUCUCCUUUUUGAUCCGAUCCAACGUGAUGUGCUGUUGGACCAGAUUGCCAUGGGCAAAGCUUUGCGGUCCUACGGCCAAAUCACCCUUGGCGAUCUCAUCCUUAGUCGACGCUCUUUCUCCGCUUUCCCCAAUGGUCAAUUCUUAUCAUACGAGUUCCGGCAAUCUCUUGGACUCAAUCCUUGGCGAUCCGAGUCGACAGCUCUUUCGCCACUCCCCCACGAUUGGAGCGAGAAUGACGAAGCGCCACGAUACGCGAUCUUCGUAAUCUUUCAUCUUUUGGUUGUCAUCGGCGCUAGUGUUGCUGUGCCGGCGUUCAAGUUGCUCAGAGGUGAUAAAUCUCUCAAGCUGCACUCCUUGCUUCUCGGCCUUUUACCUCCCAGGGCCACAUCAGUGUUUUGCGGUGGAACGUUCGAGCAUAGUUCUUCCAUUGACCACGACAAGCUCCGGCGUCUUUCGUGGGCGUUUCAGAGGUUCACUCAGUUUAUCAGUCUUAUCUUGGCUGGGGAUCCUUCAUAUGUGUCAGAUGGAAUUUGCGCCACCACGCUCGCACCACACGUACUAUUUGCCUGGUUUCAAGAAUCAUAUUCCAAAGAUAGCUAG